AUGCUCAAGAAGCAUAAAAUGAUCCACAAGGGCGAGAAGCUCUAUAUCUGCAAAACAUGUGGAAAGAAUUACACGCAACGUUCCACCCUGGUGAUUCACUCGAGGACCCACACCGGUGAAAGGCCGUACCCGUGCAACACCUGCAGCAAAACCUUUACUAAUUUAUGGGAUCUUAGACGCCACAUAACCACGCACACGGGUGAGAAGCCCUACAUCUGCAAAACAUGUGGAAAGAGUUACAGGCAAGAUUCCCACCUGCUGGUUCACUCGAGGAUCCACACCGGCGAAAGGCGGUACCUGUGUAACAUCGGCGGAAAAUCGUUUAUAAACUCAUCACAUCUUAAACGCCACAUAACCACGCACACGGGCGAGAAGCCCUACAUCUGCAAAACAUGUGGAAAAAGUUACACAGAACGUUACAACCUGGUGGUUCACUCGAGGACCCACUCCGGCGAAAGGCCGUACCUGUGCAACACCUGCAGUAAAACCGACCGCCCUGAGAUCCUUGGCCGCUGGGCAAAUCACUUCGAGACUCUCCUCAAUCACGCAAACCCUGUCGACCUUCACAUCCUGGAUGGACUGCCAGACCUGCCACCAGUUGAGCACCUUGACUCCCCACCACAGUUCUGUGAGACCCGUCAAGCCAUCAGAGACUUGAAGAACAACAAAAGUGCAGGACCUGAUGGCAUCCCGGCAGAGGUUUUCAAGAACGGGAAAGUGCUGGCAAAGAUCAUGUUCAAGCGCCUGGAACACAUCUCGGAAGCUGCUCUCCCAGAGACGCAGUGUGGUUUUCGGAAGUCUAGGUCGACCACCGACAUGGUCUUUGUCUUAAGGCAGCUACUGGAGAAGAGCAGGGAACAGUGCAAAGACCUCUAUAUAGCCUUUAUUGACCUCAGCAAAGCGUUCGACACCAUAAACCGUGAGAUGCUCUGGAAACAACUGGACAAACUUGGGGUACCACCCAAGUUUCUGUCCGUGCUGCAGCAACUGCACACUGGGAUGCAAGCCAGAGUAAUCACCGGAGACCUCCAGUCAGAGCCCUUCAAGGUAAAUACCGGGGUGAAGCAAGGCUGUGUCUUGGCACCAGUGCUUUUUAAUCUCCUCCUUUCUGCCAUCACCUUUCUCUUCAAUCGUGCCUUGGAUCACAAAGACGGUGUUCAUCUUGAAUACCGCCUUGACGGCAAUCUUUUCAACAUCCGCCGUCUCAAAGCCCAUACGAAGACAAAGAUUUGCCGUAUCUGUGAGCUACAAUAUGCAGAUGACUGCGCAGUCUUAGCCCACAGCCCAGAGUCUAUGCAGCAUGCCCUCAACACAAUUUCCACUCUUUACCAGUCCUUCGGUCUUCAGGUCAACACACAAAAAACUGAAAUCAUGUCCCAACUUGUUACCCAACCUCCCUCACCCCACAGCUUCCAUAUAAACGGCAUCCCACUCAAAACAGUCGAACACUUCACCUACCUUGGCUCUACAAUAUCCUCCCACUGCUCCCUCGACACAGACGUACACACCCGCAUCAAUAAAGCUUCAUCAGCCUUUGGACGGCUUCGCAGGAGGGUUUUUGAAAACCGUAACCUCAAGGUCGGCACCAAGGUUGCAGUUUACAAUGCAGUGUGCGUGUCCACCUUGCUCUACGGGGCAGAAACAUGGACGCCAUACAGAAGGCACAUAACAAACCUGGAGGCCUUCCACAUCCGUUGCCUUCAAAAAAUCCUUGGUCUGUCCUGGGAAGAUAAAGUACCUCACUCAGAGAUCCUGAAGAGCACUAAUUCCAGCUGUAUGGAAGCAGCUGUGGCCAAAAGGCACUUACGGUGGAUAGGUCAUACAAUCCGACUGCCUGAACACCGCCUGCCCCGCCAAGUCCUCUACGGUCAAUUACAAGACGCAAAGCGUGCUGCUGGUGGCCAAAAGAAACGCUACAAGGACUACACCAAGGACCUUCUGAAGCGCAUUGCCAUCAGCCCCACUCAGCUGGAAACUCUAGCGUGUGAUCGCUUAGGCGAGAAGCGAUAUUUGUGCAAGACGUGCAACAAAGGUUUUAGCCGCAGAAGUAUAUUGCUGAAUCACAUGAAGAUCCACACCGGCGAAAGGCCGUACCUGUGCAACACCUGCAACAAAACCUUUACUAGAUCAUCAGAUCUUAAACGCCACAUAACCAUGCACACGGGCGAGAAGCCCUACAUCUGCAAAACAUGUGGAAAAAGUUACAAGCUACGUUUCCACCUGGUGGUUCACUCGAGGACCCACACCGGUGAAAAGCCGUACCUGUGCAACACCUGUGGAAAAACCUUUACUCAAUCAUCAAAUCUUAAAAGCCACAUAACCAUGCACACGGGCGAGAAGCCCUACAUCUGCAAAACAUGUGGAAAAAGUUACAGGCAACGUUCCACCCUGGUGGUUCACUCAAGGACACACACUGGCGAAAAGCCAUACCUGUGCAACACCUGCGGAAAAACCUUUACUGAAUCAUCAACUCUUAAACGGCACAUAACCACGCACACGGGCAAAUCAAAGCUGACCAAGACCCACACGGGGAAGAAGGUAUUUUCUUGCAGCACUUGCAAGAAAGAGUUCAGUAGAAGUAGUAUUUUAAUAGAUCACAUGAAGAUCCACACUGGCGAAAGGCCGUACCUGUGCAACACCUGCGGCAAAAGCUUUACUAAAUUAUCGAAUCUUAAACGCCACAUAACCAGUCACACGGGCGAGAAGCCCUACAUAUGCAAAACAUGUGGAAAAAGUUACACAGAACGUUCCAGCCUGCUGGUUCACUCAAGGACCCACACCGGCGAAAGGCCUUACCUGUGCAACACCUGUGGGAAAACCUUUACUGAUUCAUCAGCUCUUAAACGGCACAUAACCACGCACACGGGCGAGAAGCCCUACAUCUGCAAAACAUGUGGAAAAAGUUACAAAGAACAUUCCAGCCUGCUGGUUCACUCAAGGAUCCACACUGGCAAAAGGCCGUACCAUUGCAACACCUGCGGGAAAACCUUUACUAAAUCAUCACAUGUUUCUACUGAGGAAAUGCCUCCAGAAGAUUCUGGUGUUACAAAGUCUUCCUCCACAAUUGAAGAUUUGGAACAGAAGAAAAUAAAGAUGAGAUUACUAACGGAAGACGACGCGUUAAGAUGCAAGGAAGUGGAUGCAAAGAUAAAAAAUCGAUGGUGCUGGAAGUGGAUGGAGGAAAUCGUCACUUCGAAAAUAAAUGAUGUGGAGAAACCGUAUGCACUUAGCGAGUGUGUGAAAAAGAUCGACGAACCAGGCAGAGCAAUGUGCGAGUGGUGUCGCGACGUGAUCAAUUACGGCCCGAGGGGAAAGGUUGCACUCGUGGAACACACGAAAACUAAAAAGCACCUGAACCACCUGACAACAAGAUCUACGAAUUAUUCGCUCGGAUCAAUUGCACCCCAGACGAGCAAGAAGGUAUUCCCCAUCUUUGGGUUAUGCAGACCAAAAGCUCAUGAAGCGUCAACAUCCGAAACACCACAACCAGAGCCUGUGAAGCCAAUUGUCCCCAUAUCUGACAGAACUGCUAACUUGGAAGCUUUGGUGUUGGGUACUCUUGCGGAACACUCCCUGCCAUUCACUACUGCAGACAUCAUCGUGCGAGUGGCCAAGGAACUGGCAAAAGACCCCAAGGCAUUGGAGAAUGUGCACCUUGAAGCAAGCACAGCUUCCUACAAAAUGCGUUUCGGAUUGCAGAAGACCUUCACCGAGAAAACUGUGGAGGCCAUCCAGUCGUCUCCAUUUUCUCUCAAUUUGGAUGAAGCGACGACAGCCAGCAACAAAAAGGUCGUGACCUUCCUAGUGAGUUACUUCUCACAGGAGCAGCAGGAAGUCGUUGUUGAACACCUGGACACCGUGGAGCUGAAGAGAACCACGUCUCAAUCAUUGUUUGAUGCUCUGGGUGAUGUAUUUGAGCGUAUGAACAUUCCAUGGAGGAACCUAGUGUCUGUCUUAAUGGAUUCCUGUAGUGUCAUGCGUGGAUCGAAGAAUGGCUUGGAGGCGAAGAUCAGAGAGAAGAUUCCACAUCUCCUGAACAUCGAUGGCGACAGCUGUCACCACAUCCACAACUGUGCCAAAGAAUUCUGUAAGCCGUUUGGGAUGUGGUUAGAAGUUUUCUUCAAUGAUCUUCACACCGAUUUUAAAUGGACACCAGAGUUUAAAGAUUGUCUACGAGAGAUCGCUGCGAUGUUCAACCAGACCUUCACCGCUCCAGAGAGAUUCAUCCCUCACAGGUGGCUAAGCGCAUAUGACGUUGCUCUGAGCACAGCCCGACUUCUCAAACCAAUGCAGGUCUUCUACUACAGCUUUUUGAAGCCUGACGACAAGGAGCUGUAUGAGGAACCCAUGGAGGCCAUACUGAACCACAAUGAAAUAUGCCCAAUUGACAGGAACAGGAUUCGGGAGAUACAAAGGCGCCUAGCUUCCAAAACAGGCAUGACAGAAAAUGGAAAAAACAGAAAGAAAAGAAUAGUGAAGUGUCUUUUCUUCAAGCAGAAGAAAACUGUCCUUCAGCUGAAUUUGUACUUGUCAGUUCUUCCCCUUCUGAAGGAGUACGUCAUGGUAUUUCAGACACAAAGCCCCAUGAUACACAAGUUGCAUGACCGUCAGCAAGCAGUUUUCAGAAAGUUCCUCGCAUGUUAUGUCCGCCCUGAGAAGUUUGCUUCAUUGCAUGGCAGAGAACUGAAAGAGAUGGAUAUCUCAACUGACAAGGGACAGUUCCUGCCAACGAACAAAGUCUUCGUGAAUGAAACCAUCGUGAGAGCAUCCUCUGAUGUCAUCAGCGAAGAAUUUCUUCACCAGAUGGCAACAGCAUACAAAAUGUGUGGCAAGAAGAUGCAGGAGAAGUUGCCUCUCCACAACAAAGUGCUCCGUACUUUCUCUGCAACAGAUCCUGAGUGUUGUCCUUCAACUGCUGUGAUUACAUGCCUGAAGCACCUCUGCAGCUGCUUGAAGGAUGUGAGCCCAUCGCAGUAUGAGGCAGCAUGUCAGCAGUGCCACCAUUUUGUUGCUGAUAAAGAUCUGCCAGCAUUCGCUGCUGAUGAUCGAGCUGACAUAUGGUGGGGCUUGGUUACAAAAAAAUACCCUGACUUAGGACACUUUGUUCUGGCAGCCUACACCUGUUUCCGUGGCCCCCAGGUGGAGAGCUCGUUCAGCUCUAUGAAAGGCAUCAUGAACGAGAGGACAGGGCAAAUGAACGUUAAAACCCUUAGCGCGUACCAGACUGGGAGGUACGGACUGAAGGCACACAAGGCCAGUGCCAUAAGCAUGUUUGGGCGAAAAAACAUCCUCCAUGAGCCCAUUCCAGUCCAACUGUGCAGGAACAUCAGAAGUGCAGCAGCUGCCUACAGAGCAGAGAAGGAGGAGAAAAGACAGACAUCACAGGCUCAAACCACCAUCUUGCUGACUAAAGCCAAGGCGAGGGAACUAAGAGAGAAAGCCAUGAAAACGAGGGACAAGAUCACAGAGGCUCUGUGUGUGAAGCUCAGCGUCAGUCAGGACCACCCGGUUCAAAUGCUAUCAGUCCACUGA